UUACUACCAGGACAGCUUUGGUAACACAUACAAGAAUCCAUACUAGAGAACAACCAUUCGAGUGCAUAUACUGUAUCAAAUCAUUCACUGACAGGAGUAAUUUGGUGACACAUACAAGAAGCCAUACUGGAGAACGACCAUUCGAGUGUACAAACUGUAGCAAAUCAUUUACUCACAGGAAAGAUUUGGUAACACACACGAGAGUCCAUACUGGAGAACGACCAUUCAAGUGUACACACUGUUGCAAAUCAUUUACUACUAAGGAAUAUUUAGUAAUACAUAAAAGAAUCCAUACUGGAGAACGACCAUUCAAGUGUGCAUACUGUAGCAAAUCAUUUUCUAACAGUGGAAAUUUGGUAAAACAUACAAGAAUCCAUACUGGAGAACGACCAUUCAAGUGUACACACUGUUGCAAAUCAUUUACUACUAAGGAAUAUUUAGUAAUACAUAAAAGAAUCCAUACUGGAGAACGACCAUUCAAGUGUACAUACUGUAGCAAAUCAUUUACUUCCAGGAACGCUUUGGUAAAACACACAAGAGUCCAUACUGGAGAACAACCAUUCAAGUGUAAACAUUGUAGCAAAUCAUUUAAUGACAGUGGAAAUUCGGUAAAACAUACAAGAAUCCAUAGUGGAUAAUGACUAUUCAAGUGUACAUACUGUAGUAA